AUGGGGAAAAAAAGGAAAUUGGCUGCAAAUAAAGACGAUUUCGAAUAUGACCCUGUUCCAAAACAUUUGGUAACAUCUCAUAUAAAAAAGCAGGAAAAACGUUUAAUAGUUAUUUUGGAAAAUGCUCAGCUUGAAACUGUUAAGAAUGGUAACAGUUUUGAACUUUUGAAUUGUGAUGACCAUGCAGGCAUUUUGCGUAGAAAUGAUAGAGAACCUGGUUCAUGCCGCCCAGACAUAACUCACCAGUCUCUACUUAUGUUGAUGGAUUCACCAUUAAAUAGAGCUGGUUUACUGCAAGUUUAUAUUCAUACAGAAAAAAAUGUUCUUAUUGAAAUAAACCCACAAACACGAAUACCAAGAACAUUUAAGAGAUUUGCUGGUUUAAUGGUCCAACUUCUUCACAAAUUUUCUAUAAGAGCAUCUGAUGGUCCCAUGAAAUUAUUAAAAGUUAUUAAAAAUCCAAUAACGUCACAUUUACCUGUUGGUGUAAGAAAAAUCACUAUGUCUUUUAGUUCUAAAAUGGUACAAACAUGUCGGGACUUGGUACCAAAAGAUGAGCCAAUUGUUCUUAUAAUAGGUGCAAUGGCACAUGGCAAGGUGGAAGUGGAUUAUUCUGAAGAUGUUAUAUCCAUAAGCAACUAUCCCUUGUCUGCUGCAUUAACUUGUGCAAAGUUGUGCACAGCUUUUGAAGAAGUUUGGGGUGUUGUG